AUGAGUGCGGGCUAUGGCGCUCCAACUCCCGGUGCAAGUGCAGUAUCCAAGAACAUCGCCGUGCUCGGUGGAGAUGGCAUCGGCCCGGAGGUGAUGGCUGAAGCUGUUAAGGUGGUCCGGAAGGUGGGCGAGCUUUACGGCCACGGAUUCAACUUCGAAGACUACAAGGUCGGUGGAGCAGCUUGGGCGGCUGCAGAGGCUGCAGGAGAUACACCUACGCAUCUUCCUGCACGUACACUCGAGGGCUGUGAGAAGUCGGAUGCGAUCCUUUUUGGUUCCGUGGGUGGGCCGGUGGAUCAGCAGCAUGAGCCGCGUUGGAAAGACUGCGAAAAGAAUGCGCUGUUGGGCUUGAGAAAGCGUUUCAAGCUGGCGGUGAACCUCAGACCUUCGAAGGUGUACCCGUUUCUGUCACAUCUUUGCCCACUGAAGCCAUCCAUCAUAGGCACAGGAGUUGACAUGGUCAUUAUUCGUGAGCUGGUGGGAGGCAUCUACUUUGGCGAGCACAAGAGAGAUGGAGACAAGGCUUUCGACGUCAUGGAGUAUACCGUGGAAGGGAUCAGGAAGCCUAUGGUCUUUGCGUUCGAGGCGGCGAGGCUUCGACGGAAGAAGGUGACGGUGGUGGACAAGGCAAAUGUGCUUGAGUGUUCCCGCCUGUGGCGCGAGGUGGCUCGAGAGGUGCAUAAGGGCUACCCAGAUGUGGAGCUGGACUUCAUGUACAUAGACAAUGCGUGCAUGCAGGUGAUCCAGAAGCCGUCCUUCUUCGAUGUAGUUGCGACCGGGAACAUGUUCGGUGACAUCCUGUCCGAUGCAGCAAGCGUUCUUCCGGGAUCACUGGGACUCAUGCCUUCAGCAUCACUGGGCGACGGGCUGCACAUGUACGAGCCCAGCGGAGGCAGUGCGCCGGACAUAGCAGGCAAAGGGGUGGCGAACCCAAUCGCGCAGAUCUUGAGCGGCGCUAUGAUGCUGAGGUAUUCCUUCCAGCUCGAAAAAGAGGCAGCCGCCGUCGAAGCGGCCUGCGAAGAAGUCUUGAAGUCAGGGAGGCUCACAGGAGACCUGUUGGAAGAAAGUCAGCGCAGCAACGCUGUGUCGACCAGUGCCAUAGGUGAUGCUGUGGUAGCUGCUCUGAAAGGGCCGUAG